CAUUGCCAACAGAUUCAUCGCAUAAUCAGAGCCAAGUUCCAACAUACAUUUACCAUCAAUUAAGAGAUAAUUCGUCGAUUUUUGCGACGUAAUUAAUUGGAAUUAAGUGCGAAACAUUGUGAUAAACUUCCUCUAGUUUUAGUUAAUCUAGUUCAAUUUUAAUAAAUUCACAAUGUUCAUCUUGGACUGGUUCACUGGUGUCCUCGGCUUUUUGGGGUUAUGGAAGAAGUCUGGCAAGCUGUUGUUCCUGGGGCUGGACAACGCGGGCAAGACCACGCUUCUGCACAUGCUUAAGGAUGACAGACUCGCGCAGCAUGUGCCCACAUUGCAUCCCACAUCCGAGGAGCUGUCGAUAGGCAGCAUGCGUUUCACGACGUUCGACCUCGGCGGGCACGCGCAGGCGCGGCGCGUGUGGCGCGACUACUUCCCGGCCGUGGACGCCAUCGUGUUCCUCGUCGACGCCUGCGACCGCGCCAGGCUGCCAGAGUCCAAGGCCGAGCUGGACUCUUUGCUCACGGACGAGACGCUGAGCAACUGCCCGGUGCUGAUCCUGGGCAACAAGAUCGACAAGCCCGGCGCCGCCAGCGAGGACGAGCUCCGGCAGUUCUUCAACCUGUACCAGCAGACCACGGGCAAGGGCAAGGUGUCGCGGUCGGAGCUGCCGGGACGGCCGCUGGAGCUGUUCAUGUGCUCGGUGCUGAAGCGCCAGGGCUACGGCGAGGGCUUCCGCUGGCUCGCGCAGUACAUCGACUGAACACCUGCCGUCUCACACUCAACAUCACUCCCGUAUUCUUCAAACUGGCUGCUGAAACUUGAACAUGUCGGGCAUAAAGAAAAAACAAAUAACAAUCAAUUUGUAAGACAUUUUAAAUGCAUAUAUAGACCUUAUUGCGAUAAGGAAUAGGUCUAGGAAAUUGUUAUAAGACCUCUUGCCGAUCGCAAAAAGAAUCUGUAGAGACCAUAAGUUAAACAGUGAUCGCUAAAAUUUGCAUAAUCUUUAUGCCAGAUCUAAGAAUGCUGCAAUAAUUAUUAUAAAUCUGUAAUCUCGUAGGAUAUUAAUGGUAGCAUAUUUGAGUUAAAUUAAUUGGUAUAGAAUUAAAAUUAUUAAUUGGACUUAAUUACGAUUACAUAAAUAUACCACCUCACUUGAAAAUAGGUAACGAUUCUUUUAACUCAAAGCUGCCACCAAAAUGCUACUAGAUUACCCAUGUGUAAUAGUGACAUCUCCACAAAUAAUGAAAACACAAACUCAACAGCACGGUAACACUAUUUGUUAAAAAUAUUAAAAGUUAAGAGUGCUUUUGAAUUUGAUCGGUUCCACUUUCGGCAGCCAGCGACCGCUCGCUUGCGCAUUUACGUGUCUUAUCUAUUCUAUUAGUUAAUUGAUUUAAACAUCAAAUGAGAACAUUUGAAUGUAUUUGUACAUAUUCUUGGCGAAUAUAUUGCAUAUUUGUCGCGAAUCGCAAGCACCGUAUGGGUGUUAGUGUCUGCGGUAGACUGUUGCCUCUGCCAAGAGACAUCGCGGCUUGGAAUGUUAUCGGGGUGACUCGCCCUCUCACUGGCAAUGCGUAUACGCAAUACUUUAUUGUACGAGUAUACAUGGUGUGACAUUUCAUUAUUAAGAAAUAUUUUAAAUACACAAAUUUUAAACAUUCUAAUUGACAUGUUAUAUGAUUUAAUAUGAUAAACUAGAGCAGAAAGUACAAAACUUGUUAUUUAUCACGUAGCGCACUGCUAGUGGGAGAGGUACUUAGCAUAUGUAUUGUGAUUCUGAACUCUCCGGCUCAGCUUAUUGUAUAAGUUAUUUCGUUCCGCUGAAAAACUUAGCAAGUCUAAAAAAUAUGCUAUAAAAUAUUUUUUGGUCGCAAGAUGAAUAAUGUGUCUAUCUAAAUAUUAAGGUAAUGGUGCAACGCGUUAUAAGUUGAUAUUAUCGUUUUCGGUGAACCCAUUGUGAGCGUCGGCAAAUCUCUGCAUAAAUUAUUAUUAUUUUUCACACAUUUACUUAUAUUCUAAUUAUAAUCUAAUGUAUUUAUUUUCUUAUUUUCAUUCCAACAUGGCGUCGAAUUACAAUGUCCUAUCCUAUUUUCAUUGUGUUGUACAUUUCUAAAGUGAGGAUUGUUAUAUUUUUAUAUGUUACUUCAAUAACUAGUGUGGGGCCGGGCACGGCCCGAGGCGGCGGAACGGCGCGUCCGCGACGUGCGUCUUUUGAUGAAUUUAAGUAUUUCCCACCAGUGUCAAGUUAAUGUAUAUUGUGAAUCUUCCAUUUACAACUAUCGAUGCAUUAUCGAAACUUAUUGGAUCGGCGCGAGUCGCCCGUGUGGGACUAAUCGCACCCGUUUACUUUUAUUUUACUCAAAAGCACAAAGCUGAUUCAGUAGAAACAUAAUGUCCCCGAAACAGUUUACUGUGGAAGUACUUGUUUGAAUCGAAGUGUAGUUAUUGAGCCAAGAAGCUUAUCGUAUACUUAUCUUUGGUUUCCUCAAGAGCUCUUGAACCUUGUUAUACAACAUUUUAUUGCUAAAGUCUGUUGAUAAUCACUAUUUUAUCCGUAGUUGUGAAGUGGCGAUACUAUAAGCUUGUUGGUAGUGGGCGGUGGCGCGGCGGGGCGAGCCGUUUCCUGAAUAAGUUGUGAUCAACGCGGCUGGUCGCCAGCUGUACUUAGACAAUGUUUUUCGGUAUAUUAUUUGCAGUAAGUCCAAAAAAAAACAAAGUUUGUAAUAAAAUUUAUACAAAAUA